AUGGGCAAGAAGAAUUUCAGGGGCAAGAACCGACGCGGAGGCGGAGGCGGAGGCGGAGGCAGAGGCGGCGGCCAGCCUGGCGGAGGUUGGCGCGACCGCGGCACCAUGGUCAAGGAGAAUGAAAAGCUCCAGCGCUUCUACGACACGCUGCUGCAGCUGCCGGACGAGGAGAAGCAGCAGUACUGGGACGCAUUGAAGCGCGAGCUGCCCAACAGCUUCCGCUUCUGCGGCUCCAAAGGUCAUGCGCUUGCUGUCAAGCGGCUUCUCCAGACCAGAUACAUUCCCGAAAUCGUCAAGAUCGAGAACGAGGACGGCAAACCCGUCGACCCGCCCAUGGCCGUGCCCUGGUACCCCGACGAGCUCGCCUGGUGGAUGACGACGCCCAAGAACGUCGUCCGUAAGUUCCCGCCUUUCGCCGCCUUCCAAAAGUUCCUCGUUUCCGAGACCAGCGUCGGAAACAUCAGCCGCCAGGAGGUCGUCAGCAUGAUCCCCCCCCUCCUCAUGGAUCUGCGACCUGGCAUGACCGUCCUCGACAUGUGCGCCGCCCCAGGCAGCAAGUCGGCCCAGCUACUCGAGAUGAUCCAUCGCGGCGAGGAAGCCCGCGUCCGAAAGGUGCUGCGCUCUUUCGCAAAGGACGACGGCCUGCACCUCGGCAAGGAGACGCAGGACGAGCUCGACGCCGACCUGGAAGCCGACCCGUCCGACAACGGCAGGGCCACCGGUCUCUUGAUCGCAAACGACUCCGACUUUAAGCGUGGCCACAUGCUUGUCCAUCAGCUCAAGCGACUGUCCUCUCCCAACCUCAUUGUCACCAACCACGACGCCACGCAGUUCCCUUCCCUCAAGCUCCCGUCCCUCGAUUCCGCCCCCGACAAACCCGUCUAUUUGAAGUUUGACCGAAUUCUUGCCGAUGUCCCGUGCUCCGGUGACGGAACGCUUCGAAAGAAUGCCAACCUCUGGAGAGAUUGGCAGCCUGGCAAUGCCCUGGGCUUGCAUGUUGUUCAGAUUCGAAUCUUGGUUCGGGCCCUGCAACUGCUCAAGAAAGGGGGACGCGUCGUCUACUCCACUUGCAGCAUGAACCCAGUCGAAAACGAAUCCGUCGUCGCCUCGGCCAUUGAACGAUGCGGCGGACCAGCCGAUGUUGAUAUUGUCGACUGCAACAAUCAGUUACAGGGCCUUCAACGGCGGCCCGGCCUGAAAGACUGGAAGAUCAUGGACAAGUCCGCACGGAUAUGGGAUACCUGGGAGCAGGUCGAGAAGUUUACCAAGGACGAGAACGAGGGCAUCGUCCCCGGACGCGUCGUGCAGACCAUGUUUCCCAGGCUGGAGGGUUCCGAGUGCUUCGAUUUGCCCUUGGACCGCUGCACCAGAGUGUAUCCCCAUCUCCAGGACACAGGCGGCUUUUUCAUCGCUGUCCUGGAGAAGAAGACCGAUUUCAAGGCGCGAAACGAGAACGAGCCCAGCACAGUGUCUGCCAAAUCAGAGGUCACCACGGAGCCUGUCACUAACAACAAGGCCGAGUAUGGAACGCCCAAAGCUGAGCCGGCACCUGUCGAUGUUGCCCCCGAGAAAGCUGAGGAUGAGACGCCCAAAGCAGAGCAGGCACCUGCAGCAGUAGCAGAGAAGACCGAGAUAAAGCAACAAGAUGUCGCCGAGAAUGACGUCUCGACUACGCACGAAGCCUCGUCCAACGUCACGAAGAGAGCCCUGGAUGGAACCGAGGAUGGGGAGCAGCAGGCCGUGAAAAAGGUCAAGACCGAGGACGCUGGCGCUGCGCGCGCCAAGGCCGUCCAGCCACAGCCAGAGGCAGUGAACAAGCCAAAGAAGAACCCCCCUCCCGAGGAGCCAUUCAAGUAUCUGGACCCGUCGCAUCCCGUCAUUCAAAACAUAAAGGAGUUCUACAGCAUCUCGUCCCGCUUUCCGGACAAUCGCUACAUGGUACGCAACGAGAUGCGCGAGCCUGUCAAGGCCAUCUACUACACCACGGCUUUGACUCGAGACAUCCUAACCGAGAACGAGGGCCGGGGCGUGAGGUUCGUUCACGGCGGCGUGCGCAUGUUCAUGAAGCAGGAUGCUCCCUCGGCCGAAGUGUGCAGGUGGCGCAUUCAAGCCGAGGGCAUGCCCAUUCUCCAGGGAUACGUAGGCGAGCCGCGAGUCAUCCACUUGCGCAACAAGGAGACGCUGCGCAAGCUCCUCAUUGAGAUGUUCCCACGCAUCUCCAACGAGGCUUGGAAGAACUUUGACGAGAUCGGCGAGCAGGUCCGGGAUGUUGGCAUGGGCUGCUGCGUCCUGCGUGUCGAGCCGGACGGCGAGGAUCCCGACUUCUCCGAACGCAUGGCCCUGCCGCUCUGGAAGAGCAUCCAUUCGCUCAACCUGAUGCUGCCCAAGGAGGACCGGUCAGCCAUGCUGCUGCGUGUUUACAACGACAUGACCCCCCUGAUUAACAUCAGUCUGCAAAAGCAAAAGCCCAAAGCGCAACAGGCAAACGACGCCGAUCAUAAGACGGAAGAUGCCGAAGCCCCGAAGGCGCCCAAGGAGGAGAUGGAUGUGGACGUAGAGGACCUACCUACGCCUGAGGAGAUGAACGGAGGCUUACCGGCCCCCGAAGACGGGGAGCCGAAGCUGGAAGCAGAGUCGGGGCAGGCGGCCGAGGCUGGAGAUGUAUGA